GAAUGAUGACGUCCGCCGCGCCGCCCCCCGCCCCCUCCCCCCUGUCGCUGGUGGGGGGCGCCUUCCUCCUCCUCCUCCUCUCGUCCUCCGGCUCAGGAGAGUGUGACUUCCCGUCGUCGUGGUCGGGGCAGUGGUUCCGGUCGGGCAUGGGUCAGGAGGGGCCCGUAGAGAUCAGCGGCGGCACCAUCUCCAAGACGGGGCGCUGCGUGGACCGCGGCAAGGCCAACAGAUACCUCGUCAAGGAGGAGGCCUACAACUGCCACAAGUGUAUGGUGAUCAACAUGAAGCACCACAACGUAAUACAGUACAAGGAAUCGUACUGUGAGAACACGCGGGACCUCCGGAAGCUGUGCCAGGCCAUCACGGGGGACGCAAUGCUCUACACGAUGUUCCGCCUCGACGCCGACCCGGUCACCUGCCCCUUCCACGGCCCGCUCACCUUCACCUACUCCAAGGGAUACGGCGAGUGCUCCAACCCAGUCUCGCAGGUGGACUCCUGCUCCGAGGACUACCGCUUGCUGUUCCGCCACCAAGCCUGCGCUGACGUGCCCGGCUCAGAGAUAUUCCUUGAGGAGCUGGUGUGCCUGGGUGCGUGGAAGGAGGGCUCGAACCACUACCUGGUGGGCAAGGUGGACCACAUCCACAUCAACUCCGACGAGGACCGCUACCGCUGCUUCAUCUUCGACCACCCGCGCCACCAGGGCAACACGCAGACCUGGAGCCUCGCCCAGAGCGCCGACGCCACAUGCCAGGGCCUCAUUUCCGCCCACGAGGGGAGCGUCACCAUGAAGCUGACCAAGGUCCUACACAGUGGCCGCAAGUGCCGCUUCCCGUCGUGGCUCGCGGAGCACCGCCACUGGCACACGCUGGAUAACUCCCAGAGCUACUACGUCUACCACAAGAACACGUCGCUCCGCAUUAGCAACGGGACCGCGGCGCCGGAGAACGUGGAGACGAGGGGCCACACAGACAUCCGCCUGGUAUGCCACCGGUACGAGGGACACCACCACCACCACCCCGACGUCGACCCCCCCUCCUCCACCACCUCCACCACCACCACCACCACCACUACCACCGCCGCGCCCGCCACCGCCAGCGACCGCCACCACCACCACCGCGACCAGGAUAUCGUCACCAUCAUCGCCCAUGUCACUGUUGGAUGUAAGAGCGGGUACCAGUGCCUGCGUCUGUACCGGCGGGACAAGCGGGUAGUGCAAGUGAGGUCGGGCGAGCUGGCCUUCUCCGCGGACGAGGCAUGCUCCUCUCACUACUGGGUGCCCUCCAACGCCAACCUCACGACGCUGGUGGCGGUGGGCGGCCCUCCAGGUCCCUGCGGCCCCUUCGGGAGGUACACCGUGGCCCACAACGUGCCCCCCUGCGCCGGAGAGGCCCCCACCUACACCCACGUCACGGUCGGGUGCAACUCCGAGGCGAGGAACACACUCCAGCUGCGCUCCCUGUGCCCCGAGGAGAGUGUGUUUGAAUUCCACUGCAACGGCCAGUGGGAGAGUGAGGGCGUGACCUACGUGGUAGCCUCCCCCAUGAGCAGGGCCUCGGGGGCGCCGCGCCGGGUGUGCUUCGCCUACAACGUGGUGCCGCCGCCCGCCGCCCACGCCCACUCCCGCCCCCACACCCUCACCAUCACGGCGCGCCACGACACCUGCAUCCCACGCCAGCACGACGCCCACAUCUCCAUCAACGCCACGCUAGCAGGACAGUGCGUUGAAUCAGCAAGCAGCGUCAGCAGAGCCAGCACGGGGGGCAGGGGGGGCAUCAUGGGGGGGGACACGCCUCUCCUCCUCCCCCUGCUCCUCCCCCUCCUCCUCCAUCUCCUCCAGCACCUCCUCCACCACUCCUCUGCCUCCACCUCCUCCUCUCCUCCUCCCUUGUAGUUCAUGGAGAGAGAGAGAGAGAGAGAGAGAGAGAGAGAGAGAGAGAGAGUGAGAGUGAGAGAGAGAGAGAGGGGUAACAAGUGAGAUAUAGAGUUGAUAUGAAUAAAUAUUGUAUUGUAUGUGUGUCUGUGUGUGUACGUGUGUGUGUGUGUGUGUGUGUGUGUGUGUGUGUGUGUGUGUGUGUGUGUGUGUGUGUGUGUGUGUGUGUGUGUGUUUAAUGUUAAGCAAAUAGUGAUUCUUUUCGUUCUAGGGUAAGCUUAGUGACCGGCCUUGUUCAGUUCUUCUUGUUUUGUGAAGUGUUUGGAAAAAAAAAGAACGAAAGAAAAAGAAAGGAGGAAACUGAUUUGCAAGGUGGACUAAGAAGAAGAAAGAAAGAAAAUGGAAGAAAAAAAACAAUGAAUGAAGUGUAAGAAAACAUGACAUUAUUAUCUGAGGUUGUGCUUGUGAUGAAGAAAAGUGAAGAAAAGAAAACGAAGACAAUGAUGAUGAU